AACACAUCGAACCCUUCAAUGACAAUAGCUUGGCGCAUGUCCCCCGUGCACGCGGCUCUAUUCGGCCUAAGGACGACACUUUAGUCCAUGAGCCAUACGGAUACGACGAGUACAUGGACUGCAGUAUCUAGGCCUCGCCUUUACGUUCCAGAAUCCCUUCGAUUCGAACCAAUUUCCAGGUUACGCUCCCCCCGGUUUGGGUCAAGAAAUGAUCUGGACAAGCCUCGUUGCAUUACUGCUGUGUACACUUGGUUCCCUCUACUACGUCUCGAGCAAGAGAAGUCCUGGAAUUCAUCGAAAUGGUCAAAAAUUAAGACGUCCACCGGAUACUCUUCCCAUCGUCGGGAAUGCAAUCCAAUUCCUCAAACCGCGUCACGUAUUGUUCGACUGGUUUGUCAAGUGCCAGCAGCUUUUUGGCCAUGAAACCUUUGAGAUCUCGGUCCCUACGUUGCCGCCUGGGGUGGUCAUCAACAGCCCCGAAAACCUGGAGUUUGUC